CUGUCACCUUCCUCCGGAAGUAGAAGGUCAUGUCAGAUUGUCAGUGGUAUCAUUAUGGCGACUUGUAGUGUUUUUAAACCUGGACUCUUCCAACACAAAGUGGCGAUUGUGACUGGGGGAGGCACUGGAAUCGGAAAAGCAAUAGCGGCUGAGUUGUUGACAUUAGGUUGCAGUGUGGUUAUUGCAUCACGUAAACUUGAUCGUUUAAAAGACACUGCUAAAGAACUGAUUACUAAAUUGUCACCUUCUAGUCCCACUCUGCUGACACCACUUCAAUGUAAUAUACGUAAAGAGGAAGAGGUGGAAUCUCUUGUAAAAUCUACUUUGGAUCUCUAUGGCCGGAUUGAUUUUCUGGUAAACAAUGGAGGAGGCCAGUUCCCUAGUCCAAGUGAAGCAAUUACUUCCAAAGGAUGGAACGCAGUGGUAGAUACCAACCUUACAGGAACAUUUUACUGUUGCAAAGCAGUAUACAAUGCCUGGAUGAAGGAGCAUGGAGGAGCCAUUGUGAAUAUUGUUGCUGAUAUGUGGAAAGGAUUUCCUGGCAUGUCGCACACAGGAGCAGCAAGAGCUGCUGUGGACAAUCUGACAAAAAGCUUGGCAAUUGAGUGGGCUCACAACGGUGUAAGGAUCAACUCCAUUGCGCCUGGAACAAUCUUUUCACAAACUGCUGUUGAAAAUUAUAAAGACAUUGGACCACAACUGUUUCACAGCUACAUCCCAAAAAUUCCAGCUAAGCGUCUUGGACUUCCCGAAGAGAUUUCGCCCAUGGUCUGUUUUUUGCUCUCUCCUGUUGCUUCUUACAUCACAGGAGAGACUGUAAAGGUUGAUGCUGGCCAAAGCUUGUACCAGUCUCCUUGGGAAGUACCAGAUCAUAAUCGAUGGCCAGAGGCACCUGAAAGUGAUAACGCCAAAGCUUUAAAGAAGAUGUUUUCUAUCAUCCCUCCACCAAAGCUUUAAUUUUUCAUUGGAAUUCCAGAGUCAUACUGGAAACAAAAACUGUAGCUGAUGAAUAAAUAAUCUUUAAGUAAUUUAUCUCUUGCCAUAAGCUACGAUUGUAAAACACAUGUACGUUUUUCAAAGUGUAUAUAAUUUUUUGAUUCCUAAUAAAGUGUAUUGGCUUUGUAAAAAUCAAUAUUUGUAGAUAAUUAAAUAAACUGUUCUACUGUGCUUUAAUGGAUAAAUACAGCCUGCAAUAAAGUUGCUGUUCUUCAAACCUCA